GAAAUCAUGUCUACCUUGAUCAAGCUUAUCUCGGCCAGGCGAGCUUUGACUAGCAGGCUGCCUGUUGUUCUAUCUCGCUCAUACCAUGACGACGGCGUAUAUGGAUAUCGUGUUCGCAAGGAAUAUCAGUUACCGGACUAUGAUGCAGAGGAACUUGCCAACAGAAUGGACAACGGAGGUCUACUGAGGUUUGUUCAAGCUUAUCGUACCCAUGGUCAUAGAGGAGCCAACUUGGAUCCUUUAGAUAUCAUGCAAAGAGAGGAGAUACUGGCGUUGAACCCUGAGCGUUAUGGGCUAACGGAUCCUCACAAGUCGUAUAACUUGGCUGGCAUCCUACAUGUCAACCAGAGCAAACAUGAUAAAUCGUCAAAAGAAGAAGCUACAUUUGAUACUAUCUUGCAUCACCUUCAAUCUACCUAUUGCGGACGUAUUGCGUAUGAGUUCAUGCAUAUUCCAAGUGCAAGCGAACGGAGAUGGUGGUAUUACGCUGUUGAAUCAUGGAACAAACCGACGCUGUCUACAGACCAAAAAAAGAGGAUCUACGAUUUGGUUAAUAAGUCAGAGACAUUUGAUCACUUCAUGGCCAAAAAAUUCCCUAAUGUCAAGAGGUAUGGUUUGGAAGGUGCUGAAAGCAUGAUGGUGGCUCUGGACAGGCUUUUUGAGAUAUCCGCCAAAGCUGGCCUGAAGAAUAUCGUUGUUGGAAUGCCUCAUCGUGGUAGACUGAAUCUGUUGACAGAUUUAUUACAGUACCCACCACAAGCUCUAUUCCACAAACUGAAAGGCAACUCUGAACUUCCUGCCAACACCGUUGGCAGCGGUGAUGUCUUGUCGCAUUUGGCCAACAGUCCUACUUUAGACUACCAAGGAAAGCAAGUGCAAGUCUCCUUAUUACAUAACCCAUCUCAUCUUGAAGCUGUCAAUCCCGUUGUUAUGGGCAAAUCUCGUGCCAAGCAAAUGAACCUUAUGGACAUGGAGGAUAAGUCUUGUGCGCUAGGGGAUCGCGUUCUUGGUGUCCAACUUCACGGAGAUGCGGCAUUCACUGGCCAAGGCGUUGUUAUGGAGACUCUUGGACUAUCGAAUCUACCUCACUAUUCUUCUGGUGGAUGCAUUCAUAUUGUUGUCAAUAACCAAAUCGGAUAUACUACACCAGCUCAGAACUCUCGUUCUACCGUCUAUUGCUCUGACAUUGCCAAGAUGAUCAAUGCUCCUGUCAUUCACGUCAAUGGUGACUUCCCUGAAGACGUCUCGCGUGCUAUGGACCUUGUAUUUGAAUAUCGGGACAAGUUCAGAAAAGACAUCAUCCUUGAUCUUAUCACUUACCGACGAUGGGGUCACAACGAAUUAGACGAACCUGCAUUUACACAACCAUUGAUGUACCAUAAUAUUAGAGCGCGCCAGUCUGUGGGUAAAAUGUAUGAGCAAAAGCUUAUCUCCGAAGGAGUCUUAUCUGCUCAUGAGGAUGCUGACAAGGUUAGCAAGGACUAUUAUGAAGCACUGGAAGAAGGCUUGUCUGAGGCUGAAGGCUACACGCCGUCGGAGAAACAGCAUUUGCAGGGUAACUGGAAGAAUAUGCUUCAUCCUACCGAUUACAAUACUCUUCCAAGGGUGGACACAGGAGUUGAUGAACAUAGUCUACUUGAUAUUGGCAAGCAAUCUGUCAGUUUCUCAGAUCAGAUCAGCGUACAUCCUCGUGUUGAUAAGUACCAUAUCCAAGCACGACUCAAGAAGCUGAAGUCUGGUAAAGGUAUUGACUGGGCCACGGCUGAAUCUCUAGCUUUUGGUACACUUCUUGCCGAAGGUUACAAUGUGAGAAUUUCUGGCCAGGACGUUGGUCGCGGUACUUUCUCUCAGCGUCACGCGAUGUUGGUCGACCAAGACACUGAAAAAGUCAUCGUGCCUCUAAACAACCUCAAGACCACCCUAGGAGAUGCAUCAAAAGCUGGUCAUUUGGAGGUUGCAAACAGUUCGUUAUCAGAGAUGGCUGUGUUAGGAUUUGAAUACGGUGUAUCGAUCGAGUCUCCCAAUAUCCUACCUAUUUGGGAAGCUCAAUUUGGUGAUUUCUUCAACUCUGCUCAAGUCAUGAUCGAUACUUAUGUUUCCAGCGGCGAGGCUAAAUGGCUUCGUCAGAGCGGUCUGACCAUGCUCUUACCCCAUGGCUAUGAUGGCGCUGGUCCUGAGCAUUCAACUUCUCGCAUUGAGAGAUUCCUACAGAUUUCUGACGAUCCCUUCGAUGAUGAUAUGGAUGUCGUCAACCCUAACUGGCAUGUAGUCAACUGCACUACACCAGCACAGUACUUCCACGUGCUACGAAGACAAAUGAAGCGGUCCUUCAGAAAGCCAUUGAUUGUAGCAGCCCCCAAGGGAUUGCUGAAGUCUCCCGUGUGCACCAGUUCAUUAUCCGAUAUGGCCUCUGGAACACAUUUCCAACCCAUUCUUGGUGAUGCGACAGUGAACGAUGCUUCUAGUAUUGAGAAGGUGGUAUUUGUCUCCGGUAAACUUUACUAUGAUCUCGUUAAGGAAAGAGAAAACAGGGGUCUAAACAAUAAGGUGGCUCUGGUUAGAAUUGAGGAACUAUGCCCCUUCCCUCGAAACGAAAUUGCAAAUGAACUAUCCAAAUAUAACAAUGCUGGUGAUUAUGUAUGGUGCCAAGAGGAGCCCCAAAACGGAGGAGCAUAUAGUUUUAUGCUUCCCAGACUAUCCAAACUGCUCCCAUCUGGCCAGACACUGAAAUAUGUCGGACGAAAGCCUUUGGCUGCACCAGCUGUUGGUAUUGCCUACAGACAUCGUGAAGAACAAGCUACCAUCUUAGAGAAUGUUUUUUAAAUAUAGCCAAAGGCAUAUAUGGAAUACAUGGCGAUCAUAAAUAAAAUAAUGAUUUUUAUUCAUAUGAUGAUGAAA